AGACCUUGCCAAUAUAAUAAUCACGGCUCCACCUGGUAUGUAUAUUCAUGCGAUGACGUAAACCCCUAAUUCGCACUUGGAUCAAUACGAAAACUUUCCAAAAAUAUAGCUCUUGUCAUUUAGGAUUUUGGUUCAAAUUUUUCAUCGGCGCCAAUGGCACACGGAAUGGCCGCUCUUAAAUGUCGCAUCUUUUCUUCUGCGCUGCCUGUGGUAGCGGCUCUGUGUCUGGUCCACAUCAAUGUCAUACUUGCUCAUUAUUUGGAUGCAGACGAAAAGUUGGGACGGCGGGAACCAGACCCACCGACGGCACCAACCGAUUUCUGGACGAUGGCAACGAUGGCAGCCAACGCGCUCUCACCACUCAACAUUUUGAGCGCUCAACCGGCUCAACCCCAGACUCCACCCCUGGAGGUCGUCUACAGCAACCCUGAUCUCACGCCUCUCUUCAAGGAGCUGCCGAAGCUCAAGGACGAGCUGAAUCAGCUCGGAAGGGAGGAGCAGUCGAACACAUUGUUUCUCUUCAAGAUCUACAUCGCUUUUCCUUCCACCGUGGCCCCUUUCUUCCACCAAGCCAUUUCCCAGAUGACGUCAGCCGCUCCCGCCCUCCACGAUUUGACCAAAUUCAACAUCGCUGCAGAGUUGUCCACUUAUGUCCAAUCUAUCGUCGAUCCGAUCCCCAACUACUUCUCCAGAAUUGCCACUUAUAUGCAGAAACUCCACAAAAGAGCACCACAGCAGGUACCAUCGGUAACAACGAUAACGGGAAUUGUCAGUGAAAUUUUGUCAAAGAACAUUGGAGUCCCACCACCACUGAUUCCGUUAAACAUAUUACAGCAAAUGCUGACGAAGUUGAUCAAAACGUACAUAGAGGGUCAAUUGCCGAUUUCCCAUAGAAUACCUGGUUUCCCAAGUUUACAGAGUUUCUCAAACAUGGUCCCAGAUGUUCUAAGGAACCCAUGGAAGCAACUGAAAAAAUUCAAGAGACCUAGACUCUGAGUAAACGUUACAACUUGAUCUACAGCCCACCCUACAGUUGGGAGACGCAGACUCAACUGAGGUUCUACGUCGGGCAUUCAUUUUGCACAAGUUACACAUUAUACUACACAUUAAUGGUGUUCUUAUUGCGAAAGCAGAAUCAAAAUGCAUUAAAUUCUCGUCAUUGACGUCCUUGUCUUUGUAAAAUUUCAAAUAAAACUUAAGUCUUCAAGUGCC